AUGGACACUACUGAUGAAGCCAAUGUUGCACAAUAUAUUCAACGUUUGUCAGACAUAGAUAUAGAACCACUUGAAAAGCUUAUGCCUAUUGAUGGAUAUGAAGAUAUGCCUCUUGUUCCUCUUGAUAUUGCUCUUGAACCACUGGUUUCUUCGAUAUCUGGUAUUCAUAUUUAUGCAUAUUCUGCUAAAGAGCGAUGUAAAAAUCCACCAGCUAAUGAAUUGACAAUUGAUGAAUCAGCUUCCAUUAUGCUUUAUUCGAUGGAUUCGAAGUUCGGAAAUAAAAGUUUUCAUGUUAUAUUGAAUGAAACAUUAAAAUCAGCAGAUAAGAAUAAACUCGAACCAUGGCUUCUCUAUCUGAAAUUAUUUUUUACUGCCCUUUCUCAUCUUCCAUCUACGCGUCGACAGGUUUAUCGUGGAAUUAAAUUAGAUUUAAGUAAAGAAUAUCCAGUUGGUGAAACAAUUGUAUGGUCAGGAUUUUCUUCCUGUACAACAUCAAUUAAUUUUGUACAAUCAGAAUUAUUUUUGGGCACAACAGGACCGAGAACGAUAUUUAGUAUUACAUGUUAUUUUGGGAAAGAUAUUGGAAAUCAUUCCUAUUAUUCAUCAGAAAAUGAAACUGUUAUUUUUCCUCCUACACAAUUUAAAGUGAUCGAUUGUCUCAAUCAAGGUAAUGGUCUUCAUAUAAUUCAACUUCAAGAAAUACAACCAUGCUUUUCUCGUCUGCAUGCACCAGUGUUUUCUUCAAUUUCAAAGAAACCAUCUUCUAGUCCAAAACCUGAUUGUCUCUAUUUUCCAUACAGUGUAUAUGUCGACGACGAUCAAACUAUUUAUAUCGCUGACCAUGGCAAUAACCAUGUUAUAGCAUGGAAGUAUGGUGCUACCAGUGGUCAAUUAAUAGCUAGUGGAAAUGGAAGUGGAUUUAAUGGGAGUGGAUGUGAAACGAAUCAAUUGAAUAAGCCAAUAAAUGUGGUAGUUGACAGAAGAAGAAAUCAUGUUUUUAUUUCCGAUUCAGGUAAUAUGCGCGUAGUGCGAUGGCCUUGUGAAAAUGGCACAAAUGGAGAAGUAAUCAUUUCGAAUAUUUCUUGUCGAGGGUUGGGAAUAGAUAAUAAUGGAGAUCUUUAUGUCUCUGAUUGGAAGAAGAAUGAAGUGAGACGAUGGAAACAAGGAGAGACAGAAGGAGCAAUAGUAGCAGGUGGAAAUGGAUGGUCGUAA